AUGCCACGCGGGCAACCUUACCCGGCAUCUGCCAGCUUCUCAGGAGGCCACGAGAGGGACCCGGAGCUCCGCCCAGCGCCGCCGCUGCCGCGCUCCCCGGCUCCCCCGCCAGGCACCGCCGGGGGGCGCCUGGCUCAGCAGCUGCGCCAGGGGUGGGGUCCCUCGGAGUCGGGGGAGCUGGCUGGCGUGGCUGAGGGUGACAGCGUGGGGCCAGCUCAGGAUGGCUCGCGCCCGGACCCCGCGAAAUCGGAAUCCCCGGAGUUGCAUGGUGGUGGGGGGCGAGUGGAGUGCAAAUCCUGGAAUCCCCUGGAGUUCGAUUCCCAGUCCGUGAAGUUUGACGAAGCUUCUAGGCCCGCCAGUAGGAGGAGUCAGAGCGCUUCGGGCCAGGUCUUGGAUCCCUGGGAAGGUUCUAGAGAAGCCAUGAUCACCAUUCAGGCUGUCCCGCAAGAGACAGAACCCCCUAGACCAUUGUUUCAACCCCAGCUUUCCAGGUUCUUGGUCCCAAAAAAGGCUGGAGAAAUUUCCCAGAACAGCCCAGUCCACUGUGAGCAGAGGGUCUCAAAGAACUGUGGCUUGUCUCCUCGGCUCCCCUCCCUUCCUGACGAUGAUGAUGUGUUCAUGGAAGAAGGGGUGCCGGUCAGGAUGAGAAUAUCUCCAGAUUCCCUGGCUCCCCAGGGGCUCCUAACCAG